CCCAUAAUGUCCGCCAGCGGUCGUCGCUUCUGUCGCAGCCGUUGCCAAAGUUGUCAUUGUCAUCCGUACCAGCAGCAGCAGCAGCAGCAGCAAUAUCCACAGCAGAUAGUAAAAUAA